AUGGUCGUAACCAAAAAAGAGAUUGAAAAGCAAAACAUCUUCAAUCAAGAAAUCUACGAAGAAUUACAAGAAACUAAUGAUAUUCUUUUUGCCCAACAACGCAAAUUAAACUUAGUCUCUCAGCAAAUGGAAGAUAUUCAGGAAGAAGUUCACUUGAGAAUGGAUAAACUUUCCACCCAACUAGAACAAAGAACCAGCCAAACCCUCAAUAUCGCUCAACAAUCCCAUCAACGAGUAGAUAAAUUAAUCCAAGAAGUCCAAAACAUUCGCCAAGAAAUAGACCACUUAGAAGACCAAGUUCAAAAAAAUAAGGAAGAAAUAGAAAAAGUUCGUCAAGAAGCCAAACGGGAAAAUGAACGCUUAGAAAAUAUUAUUAAAAUCCAGCAAUUAUUAGAUACUUCAGCCGAGGAUGCUAAAAUAGAUAAAAUCCAAAAGUCCCUCGAACUCAAAGCCGAAGAGGCUAAAUUAUUAGCCACCCUCAAUCUCUUAAAAGAAACUAAGCAAUUAGAUGAGGCUGAAGCCAACAAAAAAGAAACUCAAGCCGAAGCACGACAAGCCGAAGAGCAAGAAGGAGAAGAAGAAAUUCCUCUUUCUGAACAAUCUCAGCAAGUUUUAGAAGAAAUAAAUACUGCUCAAAGAAAAAUACUUGAACAACUCCAAGCCGUCCAAGCCGAAAUUAAAAAGGAGUUAGAUACGGUCGAAAAUGCUCCUCCGUCGGCUCCUCCUCCCCCCAAGCCCUCCACCGCUUACCAUCUGCAAGUCAUCUCCGCCGAAAGUAAAGUCAAAAUUAAACAAAAAGCCUUCGAACGGCAAAAGCAAGCCGAAAAAGAAGCUCAACAAAAGGCUCAAACUCAACCCACUAAAAAAAAUAAGGAAUUACUCCAAGAAGCCCAGGAAGAUACCAAACAAGCCGAAAAAGAAUUGAAGCAAGCUCAGGAAGAAUUGCAAUCUCUCCAAGCUCUUUCUCAGCAGGCCUUACAGGAAGAUAAAAAAGCAGAUGAGCCACCGGAAGAAACCAAAGAGGAAGAAUUAGAUAAAAAACUGGAAGAACUAACUCAACAAUUAAAUCAGCAAGAA